AUGUGAGCCAAUUAAAAAAAACAAUAGCGAAAAUGUCGCAAAUUAUUUAUAUGAAUUAAUUUAAAGCUAUUUCUAAGUAAAAAGUGAAUCUCUAGUGCAAUUAUGUUUCUGCCCGAAACAGCUGUAUUCUGCAUUACGCUACUGGUUUAUGGCGCCAUACUUUUGCUAUUAAUUUACUAUGUGUUAACGCUGGCCGACUUGGAGUGUGACUAUCUAAAUGCCCAGGAAUGCUGUCGACGCCUAAACUUCUGGGUUAUACCUAAAUUUGGAUCCCAUGCGUUACUCUGCUUCCUUCUGCUCAUCUCCGGCCACUGGGUAAUGUUUGUGCUCAAUCUGCCAAUGGUCGUGUGGCUGUUUUAUGAGCUACAUCGACAGCGUCGGGACAGCCUCGGAGUCUACGAUCCCGUCGAUAUACACAGUCGUGGUCUGCUGAAGGUGCACUUAAGGAACUGUAUGAUCUACCUCGGCUACUACUUUAUCAUGUUCUUCGUUGGUUUGUACUGUCUUAUAUCAUCGCUAAUUAAAGGAGAUCCCAUCAAGCGCUACGAGGAUGAUGAAAUCGUCACGGGUUUCUAAUAGUUCGGGAGGGCUUCCAAGUACACAACUAUCUAUAUAAGCAAACUAGUCGCACAACAGACAAGAUCAUAAUUUGUUCGAUCUGCAUUAUGUUUGACCAAUUCACAAUUUAUACACCAAGUCAAGUCAUUAGCUUGUAAUCAUAAUCAUCUUACUAUUUAUUUCAUAACCUAGCAUCUUCAGCCAUUAAAGCGUAUUCGAAUACAUCACAAA